AACCACUUUACCAUCUAAAACCAUGUCAUCCGAGUUUGAGUCUGGGUUUGUGCCAUCGGGAAACUACUCCCUCGAUGAUUGGGGACCUCGCAAGAGAGGCGAAUGGCCUGGCCCGAAAAUAUCCUAUUCAGAGCCCGAAUGGCGAUUCCCAGAGGAUUACCCAGCCAAGGAACAGUUGAAAUUGGCCAAAAAGUACCAACGCUCAAUGGAUAAGCUGCAAAGGGAGCUCCAACCCCAAUUACCAGACGAUCAACGAAGUCGUGUAAUGGUUGAACUUGACAAUGCUCACCGUCAACAAAUGGCCUUUGCGUCAGGGUUCCCACUCGACAAGGAGUAUAUUGAACGAGUCAUGGACCACCAUGACUACCAGGACUUUUGCUGGAAGGUCUGCGCCAUCUACGUCGCUUCUGGAGAUGAUACGAAGAAGAAACAAGGCUUUGGAACCUCUCUAUAUGAGUAUCUCGACAGCGUCUGCUUCAAGGGCGAGCAGACAUGGGCCUUUUGCGAGAGCUUCCUGGCUAAAGCAAUCCAUUGCACUCCAGACCAAGCAAGGAGUCUUUCUUAUCUUACAUCCUUCCACAAGGAAAUUUGUGAUAAGGUUGCCAAUUGGUGUCCACCUUGCGAACCACUGAGCGCAGAGGAAUGCAGAGAAAAACGCGUGGGGUGUACCGAGUGGCGCCCUGAAGAUCACCACCUCCUCCCCAUCUUCCGGAGGCUCAUUGUCAUUAUUGAUGAAAUCCCAACUGAUGGACCAUUCGAACACCCCAAUUUUCCAAAGUCAAAGGCUCGAUUGGUAUUCACCCAGGAUGAGAGAGGAAACAUGGCAAUCGACCCUAUCAGCAUCCCUGAUUUGUGUGCCAAGUACAAUGUACAGGCAUCUCACAAUCCCAGCGUCGUUACAGGGGAGCUGGACACUGUAUUAGAGAUAGUGACUUCGUUGUGGGAGCAGGAACGACCCCAUCUUACCUAUCUAGACCCAAUCGUGGAAAAGCUCCAGGAGAGACUGAAGUUUAAAGUGCAGGAUAUUGAGGCUUUCUGGCGGGGUUUAGAGAAUAACUGAAUUACUAGGGGGCUGUCUUUAAUCGCUCUCUCUAGGGCAUAUAAAUAGUCAAUCAGAAGCUCUACACCUAAGCUAAAUACUGAUACAUAAGCAAUAAAAACGGAAAUAUUUAUAGAUCAG